AUGGACCAUAAUCACCAACCCCACUACCUUCGCCAUCAACCAAAUAGUUCCAAAUCUAUUUUGAAACGGAAAUCUCUUGAAAUAAUGCCCACCGACGAAGACGGUCUGAUGACGCCCGCGAUAAAGGCGGACGUCAACGCAGACCCUCGGCUACAGCAAUGUUCCUUAAAAACGUCCAACCACAAGUCAUUCUGCAGGCAGGGCAUACUAAAAAAACAGUCCGCCAGUUUUGACGACGAGUCUACACAGAAACCCAUUUUGAAAAACCGCUGUCAGUCUUGCGAUGAUGAUACGUUACUCGCCAACAAUUUUAGCGAACUCCAUUCGAUUUUGAAACGGAAAACGAGCGAACCGUCGCCGGAACCACCGUCACAUGGCAUACUAAAGAGACGUGGCGAAAGGGACGUCCGCCCGCCUCGGGAUCGCUGUCAGGCGGCAGUGGUGGAAGAGUCAAACCGAGAUUGUCUCAGGCCAAUUUUGAAGAAGAUUUUGUCGUCGGCGGCAGUGGCAGUAGCGGACGACAAAAGGCCGAUUCUGAAGUCGAAGUCAACGGCUGACGGUCUGACCAAGUGUAGUUCGUCGUCCAAACGACCAUCGGUCGCCCAGCGGAUAUCUGACCUGGAGUCCGGGGUCGUCAGAGAUGAUCCUCCCGGCAGCAUCCGUGACUGCAGACUGCAGCACACGCGUGGCGCCCGGGACCGGGCGAGGUUUCGCACGCAGCCUGUGACUCCCAGCGAAAUCAAUGCCGUUAAAAAAACUACUGCUGUUACUACGCACUCGGAAAACGACACUCAUCAGAUCGUAAGAAACGUUUCGACACCCGGCUGCAGCGGUCGCAGUUGGGCUGAUAACGAGAAUGUUGUCGCUGCGACCUUGAAGCGCACCAACAGCGUUUCGGUGAAAAAUCGUGAAUUCCAAAGUAUUUUCGAUAAGACCACUACAGAUAUCUGCCUCACAUCGUCAGAUGUCAACAGUAAUAUCUGCACAGCCAAAAGUAGACCGUCGAAAUAUAAACAGUGCCAAGAAAAGAAGCUGAAUGCUGCCAAUCGUUACUCGACGCAGCCAGUGACUAACCACGAAUUACAAGAAGCUAAAAAUCUGAACAGUGCUAAAUGCAAAAACGAUGAUGAUAAUGGUAACACUUGUACUAUUGACGUUGACAAAGUAGAGGAAAAAAUAUAUUUAAAAAACGGGAUGGCAGAAUCAACAAAAAAUCCAAUUGAAUGUCUUAAUAAAGAACAAUCAAAAUAUGAGACGAAUGAAAUCGCAGAUAUUAUCGUCCAACCAAAAGAUGAGACAAAGACUGUCUUAAAAAAUAAAGUCCCAUCAAAAAAUCCGAAAAAAUCCACCGAAAUAAAAGUUCAAUCUAAAGAUAAGACGAAAAAAAAUCCAGAAAUUAAAGUUCAACCUGUAAAAAUGGCAAAAGAAUCCGCUGACAGUGAACGUGUUAAAAAUCGUAUUUCCCGAAAUGUCGCUAUAAAUCGAUCAUUCAACAGCAAUUCGAAAUUGGAAUUGCUCAGACAAGAAAAAUUUGGAACCAUGACCAAAGAAAAUGGAGAGUUACCGAAGCCUAAAAAGUUAGUGGAACCAUCUAGUGAUAAUACUGAUGGUACUUCAGUUGUUAAUGGAGGAUCUAUUAAGGAUAGGUUAGUAGCUUUGAAGAAGAGUGGUCAGAUGGAUUGGCAAAAAAGAUUAUUGAAAAUAAAACCAGAGGAUCACGAGGUGUCAAAUAAUUCAAUAAAUGAGGCCCAAGAUAUACUUCGUAAGCAACUUACUAGACAAGUUAAGUCUACUGAAGAACCAGUUGAAUGUGUGGAUAACAUUUUAGUUGAUCGACUUAAUAGGCUUGAAACUUCUUCUAAGGAUUGGAAAAAACGAGUUGAACAAAAGGACACUAAUAAUUUUACAGUAGCUGGGAAAAUGCAAAAUAAAUCUUUACCACCUCUUGCGCCUAUUCUUCUGUCAGUCACUCAGCGUACCUCAUUAGAAAAAUCAUCUUCAAGUGUAAUGAAAAAUAAAACAGGCGAUGAGUCUACCAAACAAAUAAAUAUCCGUCGAAGUCUUUCAAUGUCUGAUAGUAAGACAAAAUCUUACCUCAAUAACAAGUCUGAAAAAAUACCUUUAGAAAAUGGAUUAAAUAACAUAGGAAAAGAAAAAACCGUUAACGUACCAAUUAUGAUCGAUGAUGAUUUCGAUAAAUUUUUCGGCAGUUCCGUUCAGACAUCUAAUGACGGUCAAAUAGAAAAUGUAGAUUUUGAUCAUUUAAAAUCGACACGAUCUAAUUUACUCGUGCAGCGGAAAAAGGUUAAAUUUAAUCAAAGAAAACACGAAGGGUCAAAAAACCCAUUAAAAGCAUUAGCGACAAAUCGUGAUCUGGCCCAGCAAAAAUAUACAGAAAAUAAAUCAAAUUUAUUAUUACAACGUAGUUUGGAAACAUCAACUAUCAACACUCCAUUGGCUCGAGAAGCUCUUGCAGCAUUGGCCAGUAAAGAAGAUUUUGCAUCUGUGAAUCUUCGGAAGUCUGGAGAUUCAACUCCUACUCUAUUACCACCGUACAAAGAUUUGAUGUUGCUACAUAUAAAAGGCCGACGUCGGGUUCAAACUCGUCUUGUUUCUCCGUCUGCUGAUUCUAUCAAUCAAGGCGAUUCCUAUGUGUUAGUCACACCUUCACAAAUUUUCGUUUGGAUCGGAGAAUAUUCAAACGUUAUUGAACGAUCGCAUGCCGCUAAAGUGGCUCAAAGCAUAUUUGACAAGAAAGAUCUGGGCUGCAAAUUUGCUAACCAGUUGUACACAAUCAAUUGUGAUUCUUCGUUGCCCAAUAGUCAACAUGAAAAGAAGUUUUGGACUCUUCUGGGCGUCACGUCCAGUGAAACGUCUUCCAUCAAAGGCCAAGGAGCGGGACACCCAGACGAAGAUGAAUUGUACGAAGCGGCCAUCGUUUCCACAAACGUGGUGUACGAGGUUACUAACGAUGAGCUCGUUGUGUUGCCAGAAAUCUCGGAAAAUAUGGCCAAAAUAGAAAUACUAGAUCCCUCUAAAACGUUGGUUUUCGACUUUGGUAGCGAAAUAUAUGUGUGGUACGGCAAAAACGUGAACGUCGCCAAACGCAGGCCGGCUAUCCACCUGGCUCGUCAACUUUUCGACGACGGUUACGAUUAUUCGCAAUUCGACGUCAGUCCAAUCGAUGUAGCCACGUGUUUGGGUGACAGAAAUAAAGACACCGUCUACGUCAAGUCGGGAGCAAAGAGGCCUGAAUGGACGCUAUUUGCCAAGAUAACGCAACAUAUGGAGACGGUGUUGUUUCGAGAGAAGUUUUCAGAUUGGCCGGAUUAUAGUCGAGUCAUAAGAUCGUCGAAGAAGAGCGACGACAAAGAAACUGGAGAAAAUGACACCACAUGCAUCGAUUGGUCGACCGAAAUAAGCGCGUUUGACGCUGACGAGAUGCUGAAAAUGUCGGUCAAUGAGCCCGAUUUGGUCUUGGAAGGUAGUCAUCUCGGUCGUGGGUCCUCGUACUACGAUAAAGAGACUUUACGAGAGUUCGUCAUAAACACCAUGGAGGUUACCGUAUGGCAUGUCCGAGAAUUCGACAGCACCGAAUUGGGACCCAAAUCUGCUGGUCAAUUUCAUAGCGGUGACUCAUACAUUAUUCGGUGGACAUACAACGUUUCUAUUCAAGGUAGAGAACUCAGCGGGUUGCCGUCCCGUCGAAUGGUCACUUCUGGCAGAAAUCGCUGUGCGUACUGGUAUUGGCAUGGUCGUGACGCUACCCAAAACGAUCAGGGUGCAGCCGCUCUAUUGACCGUACAACUAGACACAGAACAGGGACCGCAGUUGAGGAUUGACCAAGGUCACGAACCGCCGGCGUUUUGGAAUCUGUUCAAGGGGACUGCGAUCGUGUAUCGUGGCAAGAGAAAUGGAACGCCAAGCACUUGGCGUCUAUUCAUGGUCCACGGGUCGAAUGAGAGCGAAGCCCAUUUAACCGAGGUACUGUGUUCUACAACGCAAUUACGUAGCCAAACGUCGUUUGUUCUUCUCAACUCUGAAAACGGCACAGUUUUCAUUUGGCACGGAAACGGAUCUUCAGAUGCAAUCAAAGAGCUAUCGUUAAAAGUGGCCGGUAGUCUGUCAAAAUUGGACGGAGCGGAAUUAGGACUAGCCGAUGGCGUCGUGCUACAGGAACCGAAGAUUGUUAGUGCAACAAUCGAGUCAUUAGAUUUCUUCAGAGCUCUGGGAUGCAAGAACUCCCGAAGACUCUGCAACCAGCAAUUGUCUCGGCCGGUCGGACAUGGUGCAAGCGAUAUGAAACUGUUUCAUUUCUCGUCAGUUCUCGGGCAGUUCAAAGCAUCGCUGGUGGCUAGUGCAUACGUGCCGUCGCCGUAUCCGUACUUGCAAGAUCACCUGUAUAACGUCAGCCAACCAGCGACGUUCAUGCUGGACACGGGCGAGGAGCUGUGGCUGUGGCAAGGAUGGUGGCCCGAGACGGCGGUGUUGACGGCGGAGGAGGGCGAUGACGCUGACGCGGAGCCCGCUACCUUUACGGCAACAGCGUUAAACCAUCGAGGAUCAUCGUCGACCAGACUUCAAGCCGAAAGGAGGGCGGCCAUGCAGACAGCGUUAGAUUACUGGAAACGACAAUACGGCGACGACGAUGACAACGAUCCGAAAGUGUUUCUGGUAUGGGCCGGACUCGAGCCGCUCCGGUUUACGGACUGUUUCCCGGAAUGGCGCGACCGCGACGACAUCGCUGAAAUCAAUAUGAAGCAUAACCACAAGCCUGGUGAGACGCAGCUUGUCGAAAUAGAGUUGGCGCGGAUCACUCAAGAAUCCUAUCCUGCUGCCCAGCUACUCCAGAGGCCUCUACCAGACGGCGUCGAUCCCACCAGACUGGAGCUCUACUUGUCACCGGCCUCGUUCAAAGGCUUAUUAGACAUGAACAAAAAUGAAUUCCUACAACUGCCGAAAUGGAAGCGUACAAAAAUCAAACAGUCUGUUGGUCUGUUUUAA